ACAAAUCUCCACAAAAAAGAAGAAGGCCAUUUCUCAUCUUUCCCUUUCCAUUCCAUCGUCUUCCAGAGGAGCCUCGUUCUCCCUCUCUCUUUCAGAGCCAUGCAGCGGCAAUCGCUCGGGUCGCCCGGUUCGAAGCUCCAAAUCCAUGGAGGAAAAGAGGAGAAGCUCGAAGGGGAAGAGAAGAGGAAGGGAGUGGAAGAGGAAGAAGAGAAGAAGGCGGAGAAGCUCAUUAGAUCGAGCUCUCGAACCGAGAAAUCCGUACAUCUCAUACCGAUUCUGAUGAUCUUCUGCUUCCUCGUUCUCUACCUUGUCUCCCACGAUCCCUCUCAAAAAGAUUUGAUAAGUAUCGGAGCUCACAAUCGGACAUUUAGUCGAAAAGAUUCAACUGAGGUCGAGGAUAUUGGGAGAUUAUACGAACUGGAAAAAAGCGAGCUUUUGCCGAUUCACGGCCACCGGAGCUUGCAGGAGGUGAGGAAGGGGUCCGGAAAAUCUCGUCCGUUGAAACUCCAUAGGAAAUUUGGUGAUUUUUAGCCCACACUAUCUGAUUACGCCGCCGGCACGCUCUGUCGUGCUUCGCACGUGUACAUGCACACUUCAUCCUGUGCCACACGUGGGCACUUCUCCUGUACCAGCAGACGGCACGUGUCGGUUUGUUCCUGGUACUGCUGUUGUCACUUGCUGGCCUCAUUUAAGAUUUUAUAUAUUUUUUCUUAAUUUUUUCGAAUGUCGAGGCUAGAAGAGUAAUUUUUGUGCUUUUCUGGGUUUCGCUAACCUGCGCCGCAUGGGCGCUGCUUUCAAACCGGCGCUAUUCGUACUAGCGCCAGCUGUGUCCGGACCGUUACAGCUCUCAAGCUGCGUUGAUUGACAGCUUGCAAGCACUACUGACAAGAGCCCGGUGCACGGUAGAACACGGCGCAGUUUAGUGAAAGAGUGCGUACGGAUGUACGCUGGAUUUGGUCUUAUGCUCUUGUGGCAACUGGGCAAUUACUGAGAUCGGCGAAUCCUCGGCGAUCAGGUUUGCUUGUUGGGACAGGGUUCGACGAUAUCCAAAACUGGGGUUUAGCACAGAGCUGCGUAUGCGCUGUUUCUAGGACACAGCCCAUAGAGUCGACAUUUUCUACCCCUACACGUGGCAUGUGCGUUCAAUCCGAGCCGCCCAAAAUACUUGGAUCCUCCACUGUAGAUCGUUCGUGUUUUCGAAAUCACCAAUCCGGCCUCCGAUAAAUGAACAUUUCUGUAUCUAAUCUCGACCGUUUAGUACUUGUCAUUUUCUUACA